AAAAUAAAACAUAAGUCAAUAUGUUGGCCUCAUUUAUAAGCUCACUCUUUAUUCACCCUUCUGUCACUGUAGAUAUAUAUAACUAUUUUUUAUAGUUCUCUCUUUCAGUGGAAUCUUUUGUCUCUGUCGUCGUUUCUUCUCCUUGGAGGUCAACUGGUUUCAAUUUGUCAAUGGCGGUAAUGAUUUGCAACCCAACAAGACUGUCUCGCAUCAGAGUAUUCAAUACCAAAAACUACAAUCUUUACUAUGCCAUUCUCGUAGCAAUUCUUUGCGCUACUUUUUACCUUGUCGGGAUAUGGCAACACUCGUUAGGCCCUAUUCCCAACUCCGCCACCGCCGGAUUCCUAACCUCAGCCUCUUGCUCCUCCCUUCGAACCAACCAACUCGACUUCCGUCCCCACCACUUCCCUCCUGACCCACCUCCAGAGGCGGCGCGUGUACUUCACCUCCCUCCAUGUGACCCUUCCUUGUCUGAAUACACCCCAUGCGAGGACGUUCGGAGAUCGUUGAAGUUUGACAGGGACAUGCUUGUGUACAGAGAGAGGCACUGCCCUGGGUGGGACGAGUUGUUGAAAUGUCGAAUCCCGGCUCCGUACGGUUACCAGGUUCCCUUCCGGUGGCCUGAGAGUCGAGACUUUGCUUGGUUCGCUAACGUGCCACAUAAGGAGUUGACUGUGGAGAAAAAGAACCAGAAUUGGGUUAAGGUCCAAGGAGAGCGGUUCAAGUUCCCUGGCGGAGGCACCAUGUUCCCACGCGGCGCUGAUGCUUAUAUUGAUGAUAUCGACCGGUUGAUCAACCUUAAAGACGGCUUAAUAAGGACCGCCAUUGAUACCGGCUGCGGGGUUGCAAGUUGGGGAGCUUACCUUCUAUCAAGGAACAUCAUAGCAAUGUCAUUUGCACCAAGAGACACCCAUGAAGCUCAGGUGCAAUUUGCUCUUGAACGAGGAGUGCCUGCAAUGAUCGGAGUCCUUGCCUCCAUUAGGCUUCCUUACCCGUCAAGAGCUUUCGACAUGGCUCAUUGCUCUCGUUGCCUCAUCCCUUGGGGCCAGCAUGAUGGGCUUUACUUAAUUGAAAUUGAUAGAAUUCUACGUCCAGAAGGUUAUUGGAUUCUGUCUGGACCACCAAUAAACUGGAAGAGACAUUGGAAAGGUUGGAAUAGGACGGCUGAUGAUCUGAAAGCUGAACAAUCCCGGAUUGAGACUGUAGCCAAAAGCCUAUGCUGGAAAAAAAUUGCGCAGAAUGGUGACCUUGCCAUUUGGCAAAAACCAGCUAAUCAUAUCCGUUGUAAAGCUAACAGGAAGGAUUUCAAGCAGCCACGCUUUUGCACGACUCAAAAUCCUGACAUGGCAUGGUACACAAAAAUGGAGACAUGUUUAACCCCUCUACCUGAAGUAUCCGAUACAAAGGAAAUCGCAGGCGGAGAAUUAGCAAAAUGGCCUGAGAGGCUGAAUGCAAUCCCUCCAAGGAUCAGAAGUGGAAGUUUGAUAGGAAUUACAGAAAAAAUAUUUGUAGAAAACAUAGAGCUAUGGAAGAAGAGAGUAUCAUAUUACAAGAAAAUAGACUAUCAGCUGGCAGAGACAGGGAGGUACCGCAACUUGUUGGACAUGAAUGCUUAUCUUGGAGGCUUUGCAGCAGCUCUUGUCGAUGAUCCUGUCUGGACUAUGAACAUUGUCCCAGUUGAGGCUACAAUCAACACUCUUGGAGUUGUCUAUGAACGUGGGUUAAUUGGAACGUAUCAAAAUUGGUGUGAGGCAAUGUCUACUUAUCCUAGGACUUACGAUUUUAUUCAUGCUGAUUCUAUUUUCAGCCUCUACAAAGACAGAUGUGAAAUGGAGGAUAUUCUUCUAGAAAUGGAUAGGAUUUUAAGACCAAAAGGCAGUGUCAUUGUUAGAGAUGAUGUUGAUGUCUUGUUGAAGAUGAAGGACAUCAUAGAUGUCAUGCAAUGGGAUGGAAGAAUUGUAGAUCAUGAAAAAGGACCUCAUGAGAGAGAGAAGAUUCUUUUUGCAGUUAAACAAUAUUGGACUGCACCAGCUCCUACACAAAACCAACAAGGAAUUAAAACUGCUUCAUAGACAUAACGUUGCUCUGUUUUCUUGUUUCUUUCUUCUUUUUUUUCGAGAUUUUUUUUCUUUUCUUUUUUGUUUAAACCUUAAAUUUUUUCAAUGAUAUGACGUUGAAAAUCUUGUAUCAUAAACCUUUCUAUGUACGACUGAGAGGUAUAUUCUGAUAGAUAAUUUAUUCAAGGAAUGUCAAUUUUUAUAGAAGGCUAGGUCCGGAGAAAAAUUAUGCCAUUGAUUUCAUAGUUUUUUUUG